AUGGCGUGGAGGGCUGCAAGAGAGUAUCGGAAGCUGCAAGAAGAGAAGCAGAUACAGAACCAGCGAGAUCAAGAAAAGGAGAAGGCUUUUAAGGCAGAGAACAUUGUAUACCAGCAAAAAGAGAAGGACGCAGCAAAGCGGCGUGCAACGCUGGAGGAAGUCCACAAGCAGAACUUGGCAAAAAAAGAAGAGCGCGAGAAAGAGCUCCGCAAAAUAAACAAGAUACGCAAGAAGAAGCAGAUGGAGAAGGAGCAGUGGAAAAAGAAAUUCCAGCAGCGCACAAAAAAGGGGCAGAUCCCACUAGACCACAGAAUCAACUAUCUGUACGAAAAAAUAAAAGAGUCCAAGCGGCUGUAA